AUGAUAAUCGAGAAUAAAAGACGCUUGGCUAUGACAUGUGAUUCUCCUGGAGUCCCACCAUUUAUCCACGAACGAGCCGCUUAUGGAAUCCCUCCAGCUAAACGGACGGUUUAUACAGGAAAUGCGAAAUUUCUCCGAAGUCUAUUCAGCCGCCAAACUGCACUUUCUCGGCGGCUUCUAUGGGGCUUCAUUCUUUUGGCUGGGACGAGCUACAGCGUUUUUACAAUUUCUUUCAAUGCUGUCAAAUUUGGUCAAAACCCAACGUCAAUAGUCACGGAAACGGUAAUGCAUCACCAUCUGAAUAUGCCCAAUGUCUACGUUUGCCCGAACUCUCAACACUCAAAAUGGCGAAUCGAGCGAGCCUACCCGAUGCAUAAAAACUUGCAUAAAUACAUUUCCACUUUUUAUGGAAAUGGUCGGGAAGAUCAUGGCCCACUUAACCUCUCCCGUUUCGAUGAUAUUCCGUUGGACGAGUUUCUAUCGAUUACGGCUCCCGAUUUAAUGCCUUUGCGAUGCAAAUUCAACAUGCGUGAUUGUCCUCCACCAACGAACCGGCUGACAAGAUACGGUAUUUGCCUUUACUACAGCUUCGAGAACUCCACCGUUUCCAUUCCUGGACCUCAGUCGAGCCUUAUUCUUUAUGUCGCUUAUAAUCAUUCUGACACGACAACCGGAGUGCUCCAGUUCAUUGACGGCCUGACACUUUUCUACUCACAAUACAGUGAUCACCAACAUGAUGUUAUGCUGAUGAGCCAGAGUACUACUGUCCUUGCGAAUCGACUCACUCAAGUAGCCCUCUACCCUCAGGAGUAUACCUACCUUCCUCCCCACUGUGGCUCGAAAAAACUCGACUUCUUCCAACAGUACACUACUGAAGAAUGCCACGUUGAAUGCUCGUACAAAGCUGUGAUGGACAAAUGCAAGUGCUGGCCCCCGUAUUUUCCGAUUUAUAAAAAAGAGUAUCCAAUGUGUACUUUUACCGAGCACUCGAGCUAUUCGACUUGUGGAAAUUGUCCAAAACCCUGCCACGAUUUGGUCUACAAUCGAAACGUUGAAUACGGCAAAUUUCACGAGCCAAUUCAACGAGCGCUGAAGAAAUAUCACGAGCACAAUCAUAGUACGGCGGAAAUCGGCGCUUUUCAGAUUUUCUUUCCAUCCCUCGAUGUGACGCUUCAUCGAGAACGAGAAGAUUAUUCGACCACUCAAUUUGUGAGCGAAUUGGGCGGUGCUGCGGGGUUGUUUCUUGGCGUUUCUUUGAUUUCAGUCAUCAAGAUAUUGGAUCAUCUCUUCACUUUGGCUGCGAAGCAUUACGAAGAAAUGGUUCAGGAGUAUUCUUAUGCUGUGAGAAGAGUUCGGGAAAAUAUUUGCCAGACUGAUCUUCAGUCUGUCAUUCUUCCCUGGGUUCGGGAGACCAAGAAAAAGAAGAAGCCUGAAGUCCGAAGAAAGGGUUCUUUAUCUCGUAACUCGUUGCCGAGCAGAAGGCGAAAAUUUGCCUUCCGCGCCAAUGAGAUUGCCGUUUUUGAGCCUCGGGGCGUGUCAAAGCACCGAAACUGCUACGCGCUCGGCAACAGGUUAAAAUAUGGCCUCGAAGGAGAUGAACCCAGAAAAAGUGUUGACCAACAGGUAGCCGAAGCCGAUUUAGACGACGAAGAAAAUCGUCGAAGCUGCCAGGGAUACUGCAGAAAAGACCGACGAGAGUCAGUCGCUCCACUUCUUGAACGAACUCUUUAG